GGAGAGGAGGAGAGCGAGGCGGAGGAUGAAUGAAUAAGAAUGGGUCACGCGCGAGUCGCAGAGCACCUGAGACGGACCCCUUCAGGCGCAGCUGUAGCUCGGGCGAGCACAUGUAUGCUACUUUGUACUUCCGCUGAGCGACCUCUUGAUUCUGCGCCAGACUUGAGCGCUGCUCACCGAGAUGCAGCUGCGGAGGAGGGCAGAGAAGCGUCUCCUCGGCCAUGCGCGCGUCGGCGAGGCGCGGAGGCUUUGCGCUGCGAGAUCCCGCGGAGGCGCCCUCCACACGCCGCUCCGCCCAGAUCUGGCUUGCUGCCGCGCCCGAGGAGAAGCAUCAGCAGCAGCGUCAGCGUCUCCAUUCGCACGCCGUCUUGGCGCGAGUAGCACUGCCUUCAGAUCGCUCAGGCAAGAGAGGCAUGCGCUCCGCUUCAUUCCGAGAGCGAGGCAUGCCCCGCUCAGGAGGCGGAGCGCCAGGGCCGAAGAGCUGGCGCGGGAAGCUCUAGCCGGCGGGCGCGGAACUCGGACUCGCUCGUCGGACUGCCGCAGCCGAAGCUGGUGCUGCUCUUGCAUCCCUCAGCAGGGGAGUCAGCUUGCUCUCUUGCUCUCAUGCUGUGCGGCUUGCCGUGCCCGAGAGCGAGGAGCCCCACACCGUCAAGGGAACGCUCCGAGGGCGGCUUGCUCGAGUGAGAUCUGUUCCGGUGCGCGCCGUGGUACGGCCGCGGAUGCACGUCACCGGCUGCCGCCGCACCGCACGCCGUGCUCCGGCGGGCGGGAAGCGCGAAGGGACGCGCUUGCGCCGCAUUGAGCCGCGGCUCGGCGCAGCCGAGGAAAGGGAGCGGCGUCAUGGCCACUUUUGACGCCGCAGCCGC